UCGUCCAAACGACAAUCCGCACAUAUUUAUUGCGUUAUUGCAGCAAUCGUCUCCCGUCGGACUUUGAAACGACGUCGUUGGUUGCUCCUCCCUCCUCCGGUCGGCUCGCCGCGCCACACGCUCCGGCACCGCAUUCUUCCUGUGGAGCUCAUAAAUUUCCGGGGAAGAAAGAGAAGAAGAGAUUUCCAAAGAGGGUCGCCGCCAAAGGGGGUCGUGUUUUCUCCACCGGUCAUUAUUAUGGCGGACAGUUACAGGAGAGCCUCUCCACUCCACUGGACGCCAUUCGACCAAUCAUGGCGUCCCGUUUCCCCUUGAUUUCCUCACUGAAUUGUUCUCCUAUUUAUGUUUUCGCUUAUGGGGUUUCCCUUUUGAGAUGUGUGUGAAACAUGGUUGCGAUUGGGGGAAAUUCGUUGCCGGGAUUUGUGCGGCCGUCGCUCCACCAGCAUUCGUUGUCGGCGCCGGCGUUUGGAUCCGCGAGGUUUCCGGCUGUGAUUAGCUUCGGGUCGAGGGUGAUUUUGCGGGCUGAGGUGGAGAAUAAGGAUUCGAGGGCGGUGAUUGUGAAUGGUUUGGGCAAGCGUGAGUGUGAUUGUGAGACUGAAUUCGAUGCGACCUUGGGAAAUGGACAUGCAGUGAACUCUGGGCCAAAUCUUGGGGUGUUGUCCACAGUAGGUAAUUCUACAAAUAUCAAGUGGCAUGACUGUUCAGUUGGAAAGCUUGAAAGACAAAGCCUUCUCAAACAGAAAGGAUGUGUUGUAUGGAUUACAGGUCUUAGUGGCUCAGGGAAGAGCUCUGUGGCCUGUGCCUUGAGUCAGAGCUUACACAGAAUGGGAAAGCUGGCUUAUAUUCUUGAUGGGGACAAUGUCAGGCAUGGCUUGAACCGCGACCUCGGUUUUAAAGCAGAAGAUCGUGCUGAGAACAUAAGGAGGAUCGGCGAGGUUGCAAAACUGUUCGCAGAUGCUGGAGUUAUCUGCAUUGCCAGUCUGAUAUCGCCAUAUCGAAGGGAUCGAGAUGCCUGCCGUGCCAUUUUGCCUGAUGGAUAUUUUAUUGAGGUGUUCAUGGAUAUUUCUCUUGAAGUUUGUGAAGCAAGAGAUUCGAAAGGACUGUAUAAGCUUGCACGGGCUGGGAAGAUCAAAGGCUUUACCGGCAUUGAUGAUCCAUACGAACUACCAUUGAAUUGUGAGAUAGUACUGAAUGGAGGUUCCCCAUGUGAAAUGGCAGAGAAAGUAAUGAGUUACCUUGAGGAGAAUGGCUUUCUGCAGGCUUAACUCAAACUAUAUGAAGGCUUCAUUUAACUACUGAAGUUUUGGCUAAAAAAUUUCAUUUUAUCUUUGAGCAAAUCCAUUUGGGUUUGAAAAGGCUGUAUGUGAUGAUAGAUUAAUUUGUUAUUAAUUUGUCUUUCUUUCUUGAAUCUGUGUAAUGUAGAGUUGUUUGGAAUAGAGUUGAAUGUUCUAUAAUACAAAUGAGUAUCAAGUAUUUGAUUAA